UGUAGUUACAAAUAUACCAGAAGAAAAUAGAAUUUCUGUUGAGAAAGGUGAUUAUAUGGGAUGGCACACAAAAACGAGUGGUGCGAUUAUUUUUGAGGAUGGCGGAAGUGACGGUAAUUACGUAUUGCAGGCAAUGCCAGGGGCUUCAUUUGGAGCAUUAGUUGAUUGGUCGGCUGCGACAAGGGUCGAUAAAAGGUCAUACUCUAUUGAAGCUCUAGGAAAUGAAAAUAUGCCACCGAGUUUUAAGAAUUUACCACACACUAGCAUCAUUUCACAAGCUGAUAUGUAUGAUAUUGACCAACAACCAACGGAAGUUUUCCUUAUAGAAGUCACUGAUACUGAUGUACAUGACAUUCCUGGAUUGAAAGUGGAAGUAUUCGGAUUCGAUCAAUACUUUCAAAUAAAGAAUACAAAUAUGGUUGUUAUCGUAAGCGAACCUCCUGUAGACACUUAUGUAUUGAAAAUAAAAGUAACUGAUCAUUGCGGCUUCAACAAGACCGAACUAUUGACUGUAGAAAUAAAAGACUUCGGCACUACAACUAAAGCUCCAAAUGAACCUGCUAACACAGCUGCGGCAACAGGGGAUUCGGAAGAUUUUGAAUGGGAUUGGUUGAUUGGUGUAAUAAUUGCAACAGCAAUUAUUUUGGUUAUAGUAGCACUGCUUUUCUUUUUCCGUAAGAAAGGAUGGUUGAAAAAAGCUCAUAGAACUGUUCCUGUUAGAAGACUCGCAAAGGACGAAGAAAUGGUCAAUGGAACCAAAACAGCUGCAAAUAAUCCAUUAACAGAAAAAUAAGACAAUUCCAGCAUCAAAGAUUCAAUGCAGAUUAAACUACAAACAAGAUAUUG